AAAGGAUCGAAGUGCGUAAAACAUAAACAGUGAGGUCGUCAUUCAUGUUUCGUGUGAUUUUUAACACCGAGUGAUCUGAAUAUCCAAAACGUUGAUUUGUAUGUCAGCACAGAUAUGGUUUUCUGACGAUGCACACACCCUCCACUCUGAUCCAAGCACUGUGCGUCUUCAGUAUUCUAUUUGUGGAGCUUGUUUUGACUAAAAGACCUCCUUGUGAGGCAGGCAGGUGGCGGUACUCCGAGGGCAAAGGUAGAUGUGUCCGCUGUAGGUGUCCAAAGGGGACCCAGCUGUCUGGCAGCGAGGAUAUUCCUCAUGACAAAGUUCUCGGUGCCCUACAAUGUCCCAACUGCACACGUUGUAACCCCGGCGAAUUCAGCAAUGGCAGGACAGGCUUUCUGUGUGUAGAGUGCUCAACACCGUGCGAAGAACGAAGAAGACUGACUAAAGUAGCCUGUGAUGGGACAAACAAUGUUGACUGUGGACAGUGCAAAGAAGGAUACUUUGAGAGAUUACCAGGCGAUGUAUCGUGUAUGUCGUGCACAAACGAGUUAGAUCGAGCUGAAUGUGUAGGUAAAAUUAUCUAUCAGUCUUCUACAGCCCCACCCAUUAAUUUUAACAGUGAAACAACUCUCGUGGAAUCUCAUGGAAAAGAGGAUCAGGAAAAUGGAUCCGCCAACAGCACGUCACACUCAAACGGAAGUCAGCUGAUCGUAGUCAUUCUUUGUAUACUUACCAUGGUAUUGGUUAUUGCCAUAGCACUAGUUCUGAUCAAAUGUAUUCCAAAAUUUUGUAACAUUUCGGACUGGAUAGCUCAAAAUCUUGGAUCAGACUCAACAGUGAAUUCUAAUGGAUCAUCUGGCUCCUUGUUGAAAAAUAACCUGGCAAACGAUCUGGAAAUGGACGCAGUGACUCCUGCUGGUCGGGAACCGGGAUACCCAGAGUUAGAUCCAGAGAUAACUCAGAGAAUGAAGACAACUGUUGUCAACAGAGAUGGUAGUCUACUGCGGACCAUCGCCACCAAGAUUGACCAGGACCCAGAACCCGCGUUUUUGCUUUUGGAUAUCAGCAGAAGCGCGAUAUUUCAAGAGAAAGAAAAUCUCAAGGGACGAUACAUUUCUGAAUAUUAUUUAGCAAUCCUUCAGAAGUGGGUGGAGAGAAAUUAUCAACAAGCCACUCAGUUUGUACUGUACAUGGCUUUUUGGAAUGCUCAGAUGUUCACAGUCUGUGAUAUUAUUUUAUGUGACACUCAGUCCAAUUGUUGAGGCAAAUUUUUAUGAUUUGUUAAUCUGAUGCAUAUUAUAACUUUUACACCUUUAUCUCUGGAAAUCUAUAUUUUUAGGAACCCCCUUUUUUAAAACGAUUUUCUUAUUUUUAUGUAUAUAGCUUAGUACAUCGAGUUCUUCUGGUCCCAUCAGUGAAAUCAGAUGCUGAACAGUUAAAUGGCCCGGCUUUGAAAUCACUGAACUAAAGAUUUAAAAUAACGAUUGUUUUGGUGUCAAUAUUAAUAGGUUACUGCCAUUCAUUACUGCCAUGCAGAGUAUUACGUAUAUAAUACGCUCUGUGAUCAAAUCAGAUGCUAAGUACAUUGAAGUGUCUUCAAUAUUUUUUGUUUUUAAAAUGCAUCUCUUCUAAAGAGGUUGCCAUACUAGUGUAAAGAUUAGUAUUACAGGAAUAUAUGAAUAUUUAAGAGACAUCCAUAAAUGACAUACAUGUAGCUGUGUCAAUGCUCACAUCUUGUCAGCUUGCUUUUUUGAUAUUAAAAAAUGGCAAGCUAGAAAUAUUGUCAAUAUAUGCCGAAUCAAUGCAGAUUGUUUUAAUAUUAUCAAAUCAUUGUAUAUUGUUAUGAAUUUCUAUCACAAGAGGGACGCUACACUCAGUGAUUGUCGCGCGCUGAUGUUUCUCUGUUGCUUGCAUGUUACUAGUACAUGAUUGUAUAAAUGAAUAAAAGAUUUAUAGAUAAUUUC